AGCCUUUAGGGCCAGCCUUCCCCCACCCGCAGCUCCCUCCUAAAAAUGACAUUUUGCCGGCGUCUGCCGAGGGGCCUGAAUUUCACUUUGUAACUUUCUGCGGAACCCGAGCCCGGGUGGCAGCUCCGGUGGUGGUAUCGUAUGCAAAUACGCAUGCUGACGUUACAGAUCAUGUGGGUUUUGGCGUAGAUUCCCCACUGAUCGAGGCAUUUUUCCCCCUUUUUUUUUCCUUUUUUUUUUUUUCUUUUUUCUUUUCUUUUCUUUUUCUUUUCAUUUUUUUUUUUCAUUUAAAAAUUUUCGUCCAACCGUUCUCCAUACGGGGGCUUUUUCUGUCUGUCUGUCUGUCUGCCAGGCUGGCUUUCCCCGCCACCACCACGUCUUUCCCACGGAGCCCGAGUCGGGUGCCGGGUGGGGAGUGGGGAGUGGGUGGGGGGAGCCAGCAGAGUUCCAUUUUGGAACGCCCGUGCCUCGUCUCCGCGUUCCCAGUCCGGGUCCCCGCGUUCCCAGCCCCGGCGCAGACAUGAAGCUGCCUGGUGUGCUCCCAGAUUGGUACAGUUACGACUUUCUGUGCUGAAAUUGUUCUGAAGACUCAAACAGAAAGCCUCAGCAUCCAAGGGAAGCCAAAGGCAUUUGAGAGGGAAUAAAGCCAAAAGCCGGGAAUUUCACUGACCUGUCCCUACCCACUCCAAAAAGAAGUCAUGGCGAGCAAACGGAAAUCUACAACUCCGUGCAUGGUUCGGACGUCCCAAGUAGUAGAACAAGAUGUGCUGGAGGAGGCAGACAGGGCCAAAGACAAAGGAAUGGGCAUGCCACAAUCCGAUGUGGCCAAGGACAGCUGGGCAACAGAGCCUGAAAACUCGUCCAAAGAAAACGAAGUGGUAGAGGUGAAAUCGAUGGGGGAAACCCAGUCCAAAAAACUCCAGGGUGGUUAUGAGUGCAAAUACUGUCCUUAUUCCACACAAAAUCUGAACGAGUUCACAGAGCACGUAGACAUGCAGCACCCCAACGUGAUUCUCAACCCCCUCUAUGUGUGUGCAGAAUGUAACUUCACAACCAAAAAGUAUGACUCCUUGUCUGACCACAACUCCAAGUUCCAUCCGGGGGAGACCAACUUCAAGCUGAAAUUGAUCAAGCGCAAUAAUCAAACUGUCUUAGAACAGUCCAUCGAAACCGCCAACCAUGCUGCGUCCGUCGCUGCCAGUGGUCCUGGAAGUGGUGACAAUGACCCUGGGGUCUCCGUGAGUAAAAUCCCCAUGGCAAAGACAGGAAAACCCAAGGCCGAUGCCAAGAAAGUGCCCAAGAAGCCUGACGAGGCCGCCCCGGAGAACCACACCGGUGGGGCUGCCCGCCUGGUGACAGACACAGCUGAGAUCCUGUCCAGACUUGGAAGUGUGGAGCUCCUUCAAGAUUCGCUGGGACACGUCAUGCCUUCUGUACAGCUGCCACCAAAUAUCAACCUUGUCCCCAAGGUCCCCGUCCCUCUGAAUACUACCAAAUACAACUCCGCCCUGGACACGAAUGCCACCAUGAUCAAUUCUUUCAACAAGUUCCCUUACCCAACCCAGGCUGAGCUCUCCUGGCUAACAGCUGCCUCUAAACACCCAGAGGAGCACAUCAGGAUCUGGUUUGCCACCCAGCGCUUAAAACACGGCAUCAGCUGGUCCCCAGAAGAGGUGGAGGAGGCCCGCAAGAAGAUGUUCAAUGGCACCAUUCAGUCCGUACCCCCGACCAUCACUGUGCUUCCGGCUCAGCUGGCCCCCACAAAAAUGUCACAGCCUAUCCUCCAGACAGCGCUGCCGUGCCAGAUCCUUGGCCAGCCCAGCCUGGUGCUGACUCAAGUGACAAGCGGGUCAACGACCGUCUCUUGCUCUCCCAUCACACUUGCGGUGGCUGGAGUGACCAACCAUGGCCAGAAGAGACCUCUGGUGACUCCUCAAGCUGCCCCUGAGCCCAAGCGUCCACACAUUGCCCAGGUGCCAGAACCUCCCCCCAAGGUGGCCAAUACCCCGCUCACGCCAGCUAGCGACCGCAAGAAGACCAAGUUGCAGAUUGCGCACCUCAAGGCGAGCUUUUUACAGAGCCAGUUCCCCGAUGAUGCUGAGGUCUACCGGCUCAUUGAGGUGACAGGCCUUGCCAGGAGCGAAAUCAAAAAGUGGUUCAGUGACCAUCGCUACCGGUGUCAGAGGGGCAUCGUCCACAUCACCAGCGAAUCCCUUGCCAAAGACCAGAUGGCCAUCGCAGGCACCCGGCACGGUCGCACCUAUCACAUCUACCCAGACUUUGCCCCCCAGAAGUUCAAAGAGAAAAGCCAGGGACAGUUGAAAACCCUGGAAGACAGCUUUCUGAAAAGCUCCUUUCCCACCCAGGCAGAAGUAGAGCGGCUGAGGGUGGACACCAAGCUGAGCAGGAGGGAAAUCCACUCCUGGUUCUCAGAGAGGCGCAAGCUCCGAGACAGCAUGGAGCAGGCCGUCUUGGAUUCCAUGGGAUCCGGCAAAAAAGGCCCGGAUGUGGUAGCCCCCAAUGGUGCUCUAUCUCGACUUGACCAGCUCUCCGGUGCCCAGUUAGCUGGUCCCCUGCCCAGCCCUUCAUCAGCAAUUAUACAAAAUCAAGAACAGGUCCAUCUGCUAAGGAGCACUUUCGCAAGAACCCAGUGGCCCACUCCUCAGGAGUACGACCAGUUAGCGGCCAAGACCGGGCUGGUCCGGACUGAGAUUGUGCGCUGGUUCAAGGAGAACAGGUGCUUGCUAAAAACUGGAACCUUGAGUUGGCUGGAGCAGUACCAACAGCAUCGCCUGUCGGAUGAUCACAGCCAUGACGCCAUAGUAAGAAAAGUGGGAAAAGGAGUUCCUGAGAGCCCAAAGAACGGGAGCGAGGUGGCUCAACGCUAUGCCAAGGACCCCAAAGCGUUCUGUGAGGAGAACUCCGACAAGCUGGUCCCCAGCGUGAAAGUGGGUGGCGAGCAAGCCAAGGACUGUUUGGCCGCCAGGCCCUCAGAGGCCACCUCAGACAGAUCAGAGGGCAGCAGCCGAGACGGCCAGGGCAGUGAGGAAAACGAGGAGUCAGGCAUCGUGGACUUGGUGGAAGUAACAGUUGGAGAGGAGGACGCCAUCUCGGAGAAGUGGGCGAGCUGGAGUCAGAGAGUAGCAGAGGGCACAGCAGACAGGGCAGACUCCGACUCUGACAGCGCCCCUGCAGAGGCUGGCCAUGCCUAGACAGGGCACCUGGUCUGAACUUAUGCACUGACAAAGAGGAUGCUCUGUCUUUGAAGAAAGAGGAAAGCCCCGCCCCAGAGGCUUCGGGCCAUCUCACCAGCGACUCUGAGCGGAAGUGCCUCAGUGGCCUGUGCCUGGAGACCCUCCCAGAGGCCCGCUGGGAAUUGUUCAUAGUGCCAAAGUCCUACCACUGCGUUUUCAAUGGGUCCCUGUACAUAGUGCCCGCCUCUGACCCGGCCCCGCCUCUUGCUAUACUGGAACCGAUUUAUACAAUGUGGGAAUUUUGUUACCUUUUUAAUCGAGGGCAACUUCCUUUUCCAGCACUUCCCACAGUAAGGUGUUUGCUUUUUUUUUCCCCCUCCCCCAGGAAGGAGGGCUAACCACAUUGCUAUUCUCUUUUUUCUUUUCACUUUAUUGAUGAGGGGGAGGGAGCAUUAGUACUCGUGCUACUGUAUCUACUGGAUUUUAGGUAGGAAGAAUUACUUUUUCUUUUCUUUUUUUUUUUUUUUUAGGUAGUUCGGCAUUUGGGAGAUGUCUUUGUGGGAAGGGCUGAGGUUGGUCCUCUGGCUCAAUAUGGAAUGGGUUCACAAACAGCAGGCCUUCCGAGUCAAGCCCAUCCCCUGUUCCCGCAGCUGCCUUUUGGGGACCCUACCCCUAGCGUUUUGUCAAGAGAUGGGUGCGGCUUCUCAACUGCCUGAAUAAUUGGGGAGCAGGUGGCUGCCCUCUUUACAGAUCUUUCUGAAAUACCAGCAGAAAGGGCUCCCCACUUGAUGCUGCCGUCUUUAUGCUUGGGAAAUUAGAGGAGAGUGGUCUUUCUGCCCAGCCCGUACAAAGGUGAACAUCUCUGGGCGUCUCUGCUUUUCCUCGCUGCCUUUUCUUGGUGUGGCACUGACAAGAUUUCAGCUCGAAGCCUCACUAGGAAUCGAUUCUUUUUUGUCCGUGUGUGUGUGUGUGUGUGUGUGUGUGUGUGUGUGUGUGUGUGUUUGGGCCAAUUUUAGAUACCUGAGUGCACUUUUUAUUUUUAAUUAGUCCUAACUUUUAAAGAAGGAAAGCCAAGAGAUAGAUCUCGUAUAAAUGUCUUCACAUGGAUUCUGUUUGCUGUCCUUGUCCCCUUCCCCACUCCCCAGCCCCUUGCCCUACCCCCCCACUGCCGGCCCCCUUGAGUACAAUGCACAAAUAAAACGCUAGGGAGUUUGAAUAACAGCGGUUUUUCCAACUUGUUGCUCAUUUGUUUUAAUUCAAUAAAGCAAAGACUAAACGUUUUUAUAACCUUC